AUGAAAAACUUAGAGCUCAUGUUGCCCUUGCUUGAUUAUAUCCAUAGACAUAUCGGAACAACAUUUCUCCACCCAGACGUCGUCAUUGGACUCCAGCUCUCACCAGCAACAACCCCCAACCAAGACGCCAUCCCCCACAUCCCGAAAAUGGACAGCCCAAGCAAUCGACUCUUCCGCUUCUCCAAGCCAGAGUGGCUGAACAACUCUGCUGUCCGCAAUGGCGGCGUCUACGUCGCAGGCGCCCUGUUCGCAGCAGGCUUCUUCUUCCUAAUUGACGUCGCCUCAUUCUCGCGCAGCCCGCGCAACGGCUCAGACGUGCAUAUCAAAUUCAUCGACUGGAUCCCCGGUAUCUGCUCUGCGCUGGGAAUGCUGGUUAUCAACUCUAUUGAGAAGAGCCGGCUGCAGGCUGAUAGCUUUAGUUACAGCGGAAGUGGGGUUGCGUGGAAGGCGAGAUUUGUGCUGUUUUUGGGCUUUGCCUUGCUUGCUGGUGGCUUAGCUGGGAGUGUGACGGUUAUGGUCCUCAAGUACCUCAUCAAGGAUUAUCCCAUCCAAACGCUUUACUUUGGAAUUGCGAAUAUUGUGGCGAAUGGUCUGGUUAUGCUCAGCUCUAUCGUCCUCUGGGUCUCUCAGAACAUCGAAGAUGACUACACCUACAAUCUGGCACUGUGA